AUGGAGUCACAGCGUGCUCCCUCAUGCUGGGCUCCCCGGCAUCGCCAAGUGAAACGACCCUUUGAGUUGCUUGAAGCGACCUGUGUGGACGACGGUGGCUUUGGGGAGGACCUGCACCCGGAGCGCUGGGACGUGUCUGCGCUGGACGAGAUGGCCCGCUACACCAAGUUGGGCCUCGGGGUGGGGGGGGAGCUGCUGGCCUGCUCGGAGGAGGCCGUGCUGAUGGGCCGCUGGGGGAGGAGCCGGGAGGAGGAGCGGGAGGAGGAAGAGGAGAGGACGAGGAGGACCCGGCACGCAGCGCCUCCUGUCGUGCAGGAAGUCCAGGCCACCGCCGCAGGGAGGGAGGAGGGGCGUAUCUCUGUUGCCACGACAACAGAGAGGGAGUUGUGUGUCGCAGGAAGAGCGGCCGGAGCAGGGCGGGACGGGGGGGUUUCCCGGGAGCGCACGGUGGAGGUUUAUCAGGUGGCACAGGAGGAAGAGGAGGAGGUGGCUGCAGCGGCGGCAGGUUUGGCUCUGGAGCACUGCAGCGAGGAGCACAACUACUCCCUGAGCCAGGGGGAGGAGCUGGGGGCGGCGCCCGCGCUCAACAACCCCCGCACGGAGGGGGGGGGACAGCAGGAGGUGCGGGGCAGGGAGGAGAGCCAGGCCAAGACUGAGCUAGAUCUGGAGGAGGAGGACGAGGGGCAGGACAAAGAGGAGGAGGAAGAUGAUGAUGAUGAGGAAGAAGAAGAGGAAGAGGAGGAGGAUGACGACGACGGAGAGGAGGGAGCGGAGGAGACGGCGGUGGAAGCUGAACUCUCCAGCUCCUCAGAGACUGAAUGUGAGGUGGAGGCCGAGCCAGUGAGGCAGCUGGGCGAGCGCUCGUCGAAGCGUCGCUGCUUCUGGGAGUACCGACGCGCUCGAGAGUCGGCCACGAAGAAGAAACUGGGCGGAGACAUCCACUGGUCUCUGUCCUGGAGCUCCAGCACUCUGCCCAGCACGCUGUACCGCCGAGAGGGCAAAAAAGGGCGCCGCAAAGCUCGCAAGACAGACGCCAGCGACCUGACACCAAACCCCCAGAAGCUCCACAACAUCGGGGAGCAGCUGCAGAAGCUCAACGCUGCCAUCGACGGCAUGGGCCCGGUCAACGACCUGCCCGCCGUGGCCCGAGCCCGGUCCAGGAAGGAGAAGAACAAGCUGGCCUCCAGGGCCUGCCGGCUGAAGAAGAAGGCCCAGCACGAAGCCAACAAGAUCAAGCUGUGGGGGCUCAACCAGGAGUACGAGAACCUGCUGGGAGCUCUGCUGCGGAUCAAGGAGGUGAUCCGACUGCGGGUGGAGAGCAGCGAGGAGGAGGACACGGACGAGCGAGGGAUGACCCAACGCCUGGAAGACAUCCUCCGAGAGUCCAGCGGUCCUUUAGUUGCUGGGCGGACCAAAGACUUUGUGCAGAGGAUUUUGGCGGCCAGCGCAGGCGGUCAGAUCCAGCGCAAAGAGCCGCCGCGGGGAGGCGAUGAGGCAGCGGGCUAAACUCACCUGGCAUACCCGCCCUCCUCCCUUUGUCCACGCCUUCGCCUCCCAGCACCACCAACCAAGCAACCUGACCUGACCGAGCUCCUCUACACCUCCUCCACCCUCAUGAUGUACACUUUCAAAUAAGAGAUGAAGAGGAGGAGGAGGAGGAGGAGGAGGAGGAGGAGGAGCUCUGUCUCUGCAGGCUGCACCCUAACCACCACCAGGCCAGAGCUGUGUGUGUGUGUGUGUGUGUGUGUGUGUGUGUGUGUGUGUGUGUGUGUGUGUGUGUGUGUGUGUGUGUGUGUGUGUGUGUGUGUGUGUGUGUGUGUGUGUGUGUGUGUGUGUGUGUGUGUGUGUGUGUGUGUGUGUGUGUGUGUGUGUGUGUACAUACUGUAUAAAUGUUCCUCUCCCUCUGUGUGCUGUAUUUGUAUCCCAGUGUGCCUAUGAAUAGACAUUGCACUGUUUUGUAGAUGGUCUUAGUCGUCGGCAGGGGGCCGGUAGUGAGGCGAGGGCGAGGGGGCACUUGAGGAUAGAGGAAGUGCUCAAAUGAGGAAGUGGGAGGAGCGCGCAGGCCUGGAAGACAAAGAAGCGGGUGUGUGCUUUUUUGUUCCUUUGGCCGGGCUCCUAUAGAAGCACUUCAUACCAUUCGGAUUGCAUCAGCGACAUGUCAGUAACGAGUGACGGAGUCCUGAUGCCCCACCAGCUGUUGAUGGAAACAACAGCGUGUUUGUUGUGGAGCUUUAAUACCCACACCCUCCAACUUAACUCCCCUUCACCCCAUCAAAAUGUAAGCAAAGUAAAAAAAAAAAAAAAAAGAAAGAGAAAACUGCACCUUAAUUCAAACUGACCAAAGAUACUGCGGAAGCACUCGGACACCAACGCCUCUCUUCAGACGCUGCCAGCCAUGAACACGUCGUCAUGUUUUGGAAAGUGAGGGUUAAGUGAUUUUUGAUUGUCGUCAUGUUUACCCGCAUGCAUCCUUAAAGGAUGACGUUACUGAACUUUUAAUUCCUUUCACCUAAAUGCACUACUACCAUGGACCUGAGAGAGCGAGGAGUGACGGACAGGAAGUGACUCUUGUGUCAGCCGUUUAGCUCUGCGGCCUGCUGCCCUUCAGCUCCUCUGCAGUGGAAGUGUCCUCAAAGUCUUCCCCAAGCCCUCUCCUCAACCCCUGACCUGAUUAUGUAGCGCACCUUCCUGAAGACAAAUAGAGAACAACACUUGUCGAUCUAUAAAGCAAAUAAGUUUAAUGUGUUUUUUUAUUAUGAUUUUGUUGUUAUUUGGCCACAGUGUUUUUGAAAUCUGCCUUUCUUCUGUGGUCUUUGCUGAAGCUGUAGACCGACCUGUCCAAGGUCUCUAAAUGUUGUUGGACAUAAAAAAAGUCAAGGACCCUUUGAAUUGCACUGUGGUGAGAGCAACUAAGCACCUUUGAAGAGGGCUUCAGAUCCUCCGAGAGAAAAGAAACUCUUUUUGUCUAAAGACAGAUAUUGAUUGAGAGGCUUGUUGUGGGCGCUCAGCACUUUGUGACGUCUGUUUGUUUCAGUAUGGUGCUACCGUAUGAUGAGAAAGAAAGCAAUGCAAACCUGAGCGGAGGCAUCGGGCAGUAACUGCUGACUGGGUUUUGGCCUGCGAGCUUGGACUGUUGUAAUAGGCAGUUUGUUUGCAUAAUGACGCCUUUCUGAAGUGCCUGGAGCUUAAAGCCACAGGGACCUGUGUUAUUAUGCCUGAUCUUAAACCCCAUUACAAGGUAAAACGUUACCCGUGACUACUGCUCCUAGCUCGGCCUCACUUUACUUACUUGGAAGAAAGAAAGACAAAGCUGCAGGCCUGUGUUGGGUCCUGACACACAUUCAGCCAAAAAAAGGCAACCAAAAUAUUUUCCUUCAGAUUAAAACCUAUACAUGGAAACAGAAGCUGGCACCGGUUUCUUUUAAACGUCAACUUUGGGAAAUAUGUGUAGAGGACAGGCUGUUGGCUGAGCUACCCCCUUUUGUUUUUCAACCUUGACUCCUAUCUGGGCUGCGUUCCAAAGCUGCUGCUCUAUAGCGCACAGUUUCCCUCCUAUGGAAACUCCAUUUCCUGUCUCUCAACCAGGAGAGAAGCAGUGAACCUUAAACUCUUCACCUCCUUAAGGUCUCGCUCGUGGUCAUUUUUGAAAGCUGUGGACACAACAGUUUAGGGCAGUUUGUCUUGUUUCCGCAUCCUUUUUGACUCUGGGGAAUGUUGCUCAUGGUCGCACGAGUAGAGAACUGUGCUGCAGACAGAGGACUCCUGUCGUUCAGCUGGAGGUCUGCUGCGGGUGAGCAGAGCUUCAGGCUUUGAUAAAGGGAGAGUCCGGAUGUUUUAAAGUGGGUUGUAUGAGGUACUUAUCCACAGUCGGCACGCCUCCAGUUUGGAGAAGCAGACAGAAGAACCAGCACAGAAGAUAAACGAUGUCCUGCUGUGGACGAGAGCAGCAGGAAAACGUAUUCUAGACACCUAAAAGAAAGACCUAAUAAAAUCAAUAUCAGUUACAGUGUUCACUAUAUUUAGAAUGUUUUCACAGCUUCACCUUGCUGUCAGACGGCCCUUCUGUCGGAGAACUGAAGCCGUUAUCUUUGUUCUCUCCGCAGCCAAAACUCCAUUCACAAAAACAGUCAUUUCACUUCACAGAACACGGAUGUCGCUGCUCUCCCGCUGCCUCGACCGGUUAGUGUGUGUUAAUGUGAGACUUUGGUUAAUUCAGGAGUGGCUUUGAAGAGCUCAUGGAUAACGGCUUCAGUUCCCGACAGAAAGGGCCGUCUGACAGCAAGGUAAAGCAGCAUAUUCUAAAUAUAGUGAAUAUUUAAACUGAUAUUAGAUUAUUUGGUGGGCCUUUCUUUUAGAUGUCUAAAAUGUGUUUGGCUGCUGCUUCGUCCACAGCAGUUCAUUGCUUUUCUUCUGUGCCGACGGCCAUCUACUGUGUAACGCACUCAUACAGGUCCACUUCAAAACAUCCGGACUAUCCCUUUAAAACAUCACCAGAGAAACCUGGUCGGGUUUUCAUCUGAUGAUUGAUCUUCUGAUGAAGAAAACACUCCUUCUGUUUGGUUAAAGUUGCACUUUGCACCCUUUCUGCUGCUGAGAAGGAAGUUCUUACCUCCUUCCACUUUCUCUGGAGGCUCUGGAGGCUCGGGAAGCCGGCGGCGCCGCCAGUCCCGUCACAUGCCUUCACGCAACAACAAACAGAAAGAGAGGAACCGGCAGAAAACACCUGUACAUAUCCGUAAAGACUCAAAUGUUCCCGUCUGUCACGUCGGAGGAGGAUAAAGGUCUUUGGGUUUAAGAGGGAUUCCACUUAAUGCAGAAGUUUGUCCUGAUGUUUUCCUUCCUCCAAAGUGGUGUUAUGUAACAACACGCCAUCUGCUGUGUGCAUGCUUCUAUAUGCCAAAAACUGAGCUGAAGAGAAAAACUGUUUUCACAGUGAAUUCCUGCAACAGAUCCAAACAAAAAGACAAGACAUGACUUUAGCAACUAGUGAGCUCGCAAAGGCUCGGAUUGAUACUGUAGCAUUGUUCCUCUGUAAAGAAGCAUUUCUGUAUCAUGGAAUAUCCCUUUAACAAGCUUUAAUGGGGGAGUGGCCAGUUUUGGCAAGGCCACUUGUCUCUGCUCACAUUCCUGACUCACUUUCCCAGAAAGCUUCUGUUGCUGUGUACCUGGAAGCAGGAGGGGGAAACUGGAAUAACCCAAAGAUGUCUUGAUGUUUGGUCACGUCUCUGUAGCCGCGUUCAUUAUGGUCAUUACAGGGUGAACCAAGGAACUGCUGCGCUCUAAAGAAUACAGAACUCAUGCUCUCACAUUUAGCCAAGUCUGACCUAAUAUGGAGAAUGACUUUGCAUAAAGUGGCCAAUUGUUAUCCGAGCUUCUUCCUCGUUGGGCGUCAGAGGUGGUGCUCAUGUGCUCGGGGAGAGAGACUCUCUCUGUCCUCGUAGUGAAAGCUGGAUCCUCAGCUGUUGGGCAGACAGUGACAGACGGAAGAGAUUUAACUCGCCAAGGUCCUUCGGUGUCUCGUGGUUAAGUCGAGCUGCUGAUGAAGUUUAUAAUGCUUUGACUCAAGUCUGGUAGCGUUUGACUGUCACCCACAUGAGGAGGACGAGCGUUCUUCUGUGUGUGGCUUUAGUGCUGAGCGUGGUGUUCCCAGGGUCCUUUGUUUUCGGGGUCCUUUAUGUAAGAUAUCAGUACGGGCUAUCUUCGUAAAUAAAAUGGCAAAAGAACGACGGGAGAGACGUCGACGUCUCAAGUCAAGAAAACUGUUUUGUCCGCAUCUUUGAGGAACAUGAAGGCUGUAAGCUGUAGGUGGGAGAAUUACAUAUCGACCCGGGGAAACGUAUAUUGAACAUCGCUGAGAGCAUAAGCUCUUUGAAGAGUCGGGGAACAAAGGACAGUGGGAACAUAGAUACGCUCUGUUGUGGCUUCAUGCCGAUGUCCACCAAUGAAAUAAACUUGCUAAAGACACUCAUGUCUGUGCAGUAAAUGUGCAGCUACAGCCAGUAAUCGGUUGUAAUCAGUAUGAAAGAUUAGAAACUGGAGGUAACGGCAUCUGGCUCCUCUAAAGCUCACUUACUAACACCUGUUGAGCUUCUGGUAGUUCUCUGCAGGACGUAGUGUUGGCGAGCUUUGGAGGCUGUUUCCAGUCUUUAUUCUCAGCCGACCGUCUGAUGAGCAAGAACAAGAAUAAGCAAAUUUCCCAAAAUGUCCGAAGUAUUCCUAUAAUGAAGCACUUUUAUUUGUUACUACGACUGUUGGUGUUUAGUUCACUGCUUCUGCCGUGUCUGUGAAGCGGGAGGAGCCGCUGUAGUGCAGUGAUUGAAACGAGCGCCGCCACAAAGAAGCUUUGACCACAUGGAUCCGAAACGAGCUGCGUGUGUGAUGCAUCCGGGAGACAUCUGGGGUUAGUCCGUCAGCAGUGCAUGUGGACGACACACAACUGUUGCUAAUCGAACAAUCAUUCAAGUCAUAAACAAAAGAAGCUGUUUCCAGUUCUUACAUCAUUAUGAGUUAAAUAUCUUUGAGUGCUUAAUCAAAAACAAGCACUUUGAAACAUGUUCCCUACAUGUUGCACACUCCACCCUGAGAGAUACAUUGAUUGUUAGUUGCACCUUAAUUGGCUGGAAAUGUUUACCAGCGUCCCUCCAUGUUUGUUGGGUUAGAUGUCCAAAGUCUAAAGAGAAGUCCCUGCGUGUUAAACACCACGUUGAGUAAGACAUGGAGGAGCUGACGGCCUCUGUCCUUCACCACCUCUCAUGUGAGCGCACUGUGGACCGGCGGGCUCAAUAGACCCAUCAGUAAGCCUACACUGGUGGGACGCUGCUGACCUCCGGCUGCCCGUCCCCACUCUGCCCCAGCGCUCACAUUGUCUGAGACAUUGUCGUGCUUCUCCAGUUUCAAAGGCGCCGGGCCUCCGGGCAGAGGAGGCCGGGGGAAGCGGCACUUAUCCGGGGCCUCGGAAUAGUUUAUCCGAAACCUCUUAAUCCCCGCCUCCUCCGCCCCCUCUGUCACUCUGACAGCUGCGGCUCGCCGCUGCAUCUUGAUGCACUCGUCUCCUUUGUCGCUGACCUGGAAAGCUCCAUCUGGGAAGAAGCCUGAUGGAGGAAUGAGUCGAGUCCUUCUCUCAGUGAAGCCUCUCGCGUCUCAUCGCUGCAGACGAGUCAUGAAACUGAGCUUCUGCUUUUGGGAAAUAUCUAAAUCUCUGGCGAUCAUUCAAAAACAUUCUUUAAAGAUCCUGGAAACUUUAAAAUUAUGUUUGUGCUUCAUCUACAAACAACAAGCACAGUUCCAACUUGGACCCUGAAUAAUGUUCGGAUCCAAACCGACAAGAGGAAUGAACUAUUUGAAUACUUUACAAACUGCAGGAAGCUAACAUGAAGCGAACAUGAAGCUAACAUGAAGCUAACAUGAAGCUAACAUGAAGCUAACAUGAAGCUAACUUGAUGAGUGACAUGUUGCUUUUAAUUUAAGCAGCCAGACACGGUAGUUUUCAUUAGAUGAGAAGAUCGAUACCUUUUCUCACGUGUGUUAAAUGUGAAGCAUGUUGUUACAUGUUCUGCACGCUGCGAACGUCUCCCAAGUGGAGAAAAGGUUCAGUUUUGUUUGCCGAGAUUUGGAACUCGGAUGCUCGGCUCUGUAUGUCGGAUGAGACGUGAGGCACUUUGUGGCUUUAACCAAAACCAAGUCAGUCGUUCCUGUCGGGAUCAGAGGCCGGCUGAGGACAACAAGUAAAACCCACGAUGUCUCGUUAGAAAUCAAAUGACACUUUGGUAUUCAACGAAGACUUCCUGUGGAGAGUGAAUAAUCACCCUCCCCCCCGCUGGUUCUUUAAUCCGUGUGAAAACAUGUUGGAUGACGGGAGGGAAGGAAAAUCAAGAGCAAACAUUCCACAUGUGACAUAAUGUACAGCAACCUUCCUCCUCUUCCCCCUUCUGUCCGUCUCUGCGUAACCACAAUACUACAGUAAUACUGCGGACCUGUUAACACAUUAACGCAUCUUUAUGUAAAACUCCUUCGUCAGUAAGUAACCUUUAAGAAAAUAGUAAAAAAUACAAGAAGUGCCGUACAAAUAGAAGCCUAAUAUUUUUUGUCUUGGUUUUGUGUGAGUGUACUGUACACCUGUAUAAUGUAUAUUUUAAUAUUUAUAUGCAGCUGUUGUAUUAAAAGUAUAUUUUUAAAAUAAAAAUGGGGCUGUGCAUCUUUAACAUUUAGAAAAGA